AUGAUGAUGGUUGAAUAUGCGUACUGGAAAAGCGCCACUCAACUUCAAUUCAAUUCAAUUCCACCAAAAUCUUCCAAUUCCUUUCCUCUUUUCAAAAACCUAAUUUUCUUAUUUUCGGCACCUGAAUUGAAAUUUCGGGGGAAUCAACGGUUACAGCUUUCAAAUCAAUCGGUGUUCGCGUUCCUACAUUUUUAUGCUUUUGUAAUUGAGUUGCAUGUGGUGGAAUGUUACAUGGAAACUUUGGUAGCAAUUGAAGGAAGCGAGAAAAGUAAGUUAGAGGGCACUUCUGCAAUUGUGAUAACCUGUUCUGACUCCUCAAAGCAGAUUGCUGAUCCCGUUGUUUACAAGCUUGCUCGGGUUGAAGGUGAUGGGAGAUUAGUACCUGCAACUGAUGAUGAAGUGAUGGAGGUCGAGGACUUGCUUGAUGAUAAGAGUUCAGUGCAUUUUGUUCUGGACACCUGUCAGCCUGCAGUCUGUGCUUCAAACCAUGAGACUUUUGGUCAGGAGUUCAUGCCCAUGCCCAUGGACUCUCAAGGUCUGUUCAAAGUCAAGGACCCUUGUACUCUGGGAGGAGGAUCAGAUACAGUAUUUGGCACGACAGUUGAUCUGGGGAAAUUGAAUUCCCAGUUUGAGGAAAUAGGUCGAUCAGUGUCAAGUCCUGUUGAUGGGAAGAUUGAGGAAUCUGGGGAUAGGAAGGGAUCAGCGGAGAGCGAACCAUCAACUUCAACCAUGUGUGUUAAUGGGAAACCUGAUUUCUCUAAGCUGAAAGGGGAGAUUUGUCUUGACAACCUUUCAGUUAGAGAACUUCAUGCAACUUUUAAGGCUACAUUUGGGAGGGAAACUUCUGUGAAGGACAAACAGUGGCUCAAGAGAAGGAUCUCCAUGGGGCUGUCUAAUUCUUGUGAUGUUUCUACUACCACCUUCAUAAUCGAAAACAACAUAAUAACAAAGAAACCCAAAGUAGAAGAAGACUGUAACGAUAACAAUAACCUUAAUAAUGAGAAGGAGAAGGAGAAGGAGGAUCCAUUUGCUAUAUCAGUCGGUCAAAGUCAAAGUGUUGAUAGUCAAAAUCAUAAUCAUAUGGAAGAUGAUCAGUUGGGUGGUAGCAGCAAGAGUGUGAAAAGUGGUACUACACCCAUACCCAAGCAUCAUCAUAUUGGUAUUGGUAUUGGUAGUGAAGAUGAUAAGGAGGGGGGUAAAAGGGUCCGGAAGCCCACAAAGCGGUAUAUCGAAGUUUCAGAAUCAGAGAGCCGGGAGCGGGAAUAUAGUGGAAGUGGAAGACUGGUUUCUUCUGUGAAGAGCUCUGGACAUGGACCACGAACUCGUGUGAGGCCCAUUCAUAACAUCCAGCCAGUUACCAGACCUCUUGUCACCCGUCAAGAUUCUCUUGGAGGUUCUGGGGUUGAGAUUCCAUAUGUUUCUAGGAUCCGAAGAGGUCGCCCCAGAGAAAAUUUCAUGGCUCUCAUGAAAUUUCAGUCAUGUGGAACGGGAAUCACAGCAAAACUGGUGAAGACAGCUCAUGAUGAUGAAGUAGAGAACCGAGAGCUGAAAAAUGCACUACCCACUGGAUGGGUUCAACUUCAACAGCCUGUAAUUAAGGAAGGAGGGAGUGAACAGUACUCAGAGGAGGCAUCAGGGGAGUUGAAGAACGAUUCGGAAGAGGGUGAUUCGUAUGAUGAUGCAGAAGCAGAAGCAGAGGAGGAGGAUGAUUCAGGUGAUAAUGAUAAUGGUAAUAAUAUAUUAACAGUACCUACAGCAAAAGGCGGAAUGAGGAGGAAACACCAUAGACCAUGGACUCUGAGUGAAGUUGUGAAGCUGGUGGAAGGUGUUUCCAGGUAUGGUGCUGGCAGGUGGUCUGAAAUAAAAAGGAUUGCCUUUUCAACAUGCUCGCAUCGCACACCAGUCGAUCUCAAGGACAAGUGGAGGAAUCUGCUGCGAGCUAGUUUUGCACAGUUACCAGCUGAAAAAGGGGUGCAAAAUUCCAAAAAACAGUCAUCAAUUCCGAUCCCAGCACCGAUUCUGUUAAGAGUCAGAGAGCUUGCGGAGAUGCAAUCCCAAGUCAGUCCGGAUCUCAAACCACUCAGAUUUGGUGGUGGACAUAAUCAUAACAGUAAUAGUGGUAGUAGAAAUGUAAAUGAUAUCAAGUCGGGAUUUUUGUAGUGGUGUAAAUUACCUGUUCAAAGUUGUUGGCUCAUCACUGAUGAUAUUAUUAGUAGGGUACCUGAAUAAUAAGAGAAUACUGAUUGUUUCUACUAAUUCUCAUGUUUUUUUUUUGGGUA